GUUUAACCACUAAAACAGCUGGUUUAAUUUAAGAUGAGAGGUAAGUGGAAUUCCACUCAAGAGAAAGUACAUAACAGGACAAGUUAAGCAAAUAAACUGAUAGCGCCUACAAAAUUUACUACAAUUAGUUGUAUUCGGUCGUGUAGAGUGUGUAAUGGAUUUAAAUUCUAUGAAUCAGCACCAGUAAUUAAAUUUCAAGAAAAUGAGCAUUGCAGCAGCAACAGCCGAAGCGCAGUCGCAAUCGCCGACUGCAACUCCAACCGCAAAUCAGUCCUCGUCCCACUCAAGAUCUAAUCAAAAUGGGGUAGACGACACACUGCCAAUUCGCUUGCUACCUGUUGCAGUAGCCGUGGAGCUAUGCCAUCAUCUGGACACUUUGGACGUCUGGGAGCAGAUGUCCAAUUUUGUCAAGCUUUAUCCGGCACAAAUAGAGCAGAUUCGACAACAACAAAGACGCGGAAAAUCACCAACCAAUGAGUUUCUCAUUAUUUGGGGUGGCCAAUACAAUCACACGGUGCAGAGUUUGUUUGCCCUAUUCAAAAAAAUGAAACUACACAAUGCGAUGCGUUUAAUCAAGGAUUAUGUUAGCGAGAAUUUGCAUAAAUACAUUCCCCGCAGCAUGCCCACAAUUAGCGAGUUACGUGCUCCACCAAGCUCUAGCUCUAAGAUUGAAAAUGGUCCACCCUAUCCCUCAUCAUCGGGUGUUAGUAAUUCCAAUAAUAAUACCACAAAUACUACCACAGAUCCGAGUGUUAGUUUAGAAUCUCUAAGUAAUAUUCAUCUGAGCACUGUGCAACGGGCCGCCGAAUCCUUGUUGAAAAUCGACUAUGUGGAGCUUGUGACAGCCACCGGAGACUGGGCUACAGAGAAUCGUCUCGGUCAUGGUGGUUUUGGAGAGGUCUACAAGGGCGAAUGGAAGCAACUGGAUGUGGCCAUAAAGAGAAUGAACUAUCGCCAUCCCAAUAUUGAUAAGAAUAAAAUAGAGCUGCAGCAGAGUUACAAUGAGCUCAAGUAUUUGAAUACUAUUCGGCAUGACAAUGUAUUGGCUCUAUAUGGCUAUAGCAUUAAUGGCGAGCAUCCAUGCCUGGUGUAUCAACUGAUGAAGGGUGGCUCCUUGGAGUAUAGGCUGAAAGCACCCAGAUAUAGACAAUCGAUGACGCCCAUGUCAUGGCAGCAGCGUCUCAGCAUAUGUCUCGGCACAGCCAAAGGCAUAUAUUUUCUUCAUACGGCUCGCAGCACUCCUCUUAUACAUGGCGACAUUAAACCAGCGAAUAUUCUACUUGAUCAGUGUCUUCAGCCAAAAAUUGGCGACUUUGGCCUGGCCCGUGAAGGACCUAAGAGCAUUAAUGCUGUAAUGCAAGUGAAGCAAUUGUUUGGUACUCGUGUCUAUUUGCCACCGGAAUUUCUGAGUUCCAAGCAACUUUCCACUGGUGUUGAUAUCUAUAGUUUUGGCAUUGUCCUACUUGAAGUGUUCACCGGACAUUUGGUGACAGAUCGUGAGCAUCCAGAUUUACUGAAUUAUGUGAAACAAAUUUGGCUGGAAUCUCAACCGCAGUGUCUGCAAUUGCUCGAUAAGCAUCUUGUGAAACCCCAGGGAAAGGAGCUGGAGGAUUGUUUGCGUGCCAUAGAGGCGGGUCUGCAUUGCACUGCCCUAGAUCCCCAAGAGAGACCUUCGAUGCAAGAAGUUGUCAAUCGUUUCAAGGCAUUCCAAAUCGAAUUUUGAAUGAUUCCAAGCAUCGAUUUAUAUCUAUAUAUAUAUAUAUAUUGUUACUCACUUGUUUUUAUAUAUUAUAUUUUUAUACAUAUUUUGUAUUUUAAAUAACAUUCCAAGAUUUUAAGAGAGA